UUUUCUUUCUCAUAUUAAUUUUCAGUUUUAUAAAGUGUGGUUAUAAGUAGUACGGUUUUCUUUUAUUUAUAUUUUUCCAUAAUGGAUAUUAAAUGGCGAAUUUGUUCAAAUGUCAAAUUACGACUUGAAAAGAGAAACGCAGCAAAAAAAUAAGAAAAUGUAAUGAGUAAUUGCUUAAUUUUCCAAGUAUAUGGAAAUUUAUAUAAAAUAAAAAAUUCAAAAAUUUAUUAUUGAUAAAUAAUAAAAUAAAGUCGAAAUAGUGAAUAGAUAUGUAGGUACAGUGGAGAGGCAUUGCCUUGAUUAGGCGAAUGUAGAAUAUAAUCACUUUUCAGCACACCACUUUGAGAUACAUCAUAAAUUUAUUUGGAGUCCACGACAGAGUCUCGGAUCACCCAGAUUGACAUUCAGAUUUGCCCUAGAUAUCCAAUGAUCAACAAGCUUUGUCAAAUAAAACUACCUUUUUUUUUGCUUUCUCAACUUAGUGAAUUCUUUAUUAUUUGAAUAACAUCAUAUACUAUUGAAAGCGAUGAGGAGUGGAGAUCAAUUAAGUCAAAUUAGUGACGAGGACUAUUAUGCAAGUGGCAUUUGUCCCUCCUGUAGAUUGGAUAUCAACAAGGACACGGGCAGAUUGAAGUGGUGUGUAGGAAGGAAUAAAUUUUGGCGUGCUUGGAUAAGAUGUAUGCUUCUCAUACCAGCAGUAAUUUUACCAAUAGUUAUCAUUUUUAUUGCUCUUUCUCGAUCGACAGUGGUUGGUACCCUUUCAAUUCAUCAACCAACUGACAAAACAAAAUUAACAAGCCAGCAUUUAGAGCACUUGUCAAUAGAAGAGGAUCGAGUUUCUUUCGCCUCAACAAAUUCAUUAAAGACUAAAUACAUGCAACGAAAUAAAAGAGAAAUAAAUCAGAUGCACUGGCAAUUGUUGGAUUCAAUCAUCAGUGAUGAAAAGGAACGACUACAUAAACCAAUUGAGAUGAAAAGCGAAAAUAAUAAAAACGAUGAUUAUGAUGAUGACGACGAUGAUGAUAAUGAUGAUGAUUCUUGGGCGCACAGAUUGAAGGACAAAACAGUGACAUUUUGGAAUAGUAAAGAAACAUCUGAUGAUAGGAUUCGAAAAACGCAAGCUAAGAUAAUGAUGACAUACAUGGACAAAACUGCAAAUCCUUGCGACGAUUUCUAUCAAUAUGCCUGUGGUAAUUGGUCAAAACACAAUCCAAUUCCAAAAGAUAAAGCUGGAUAUGAUACUUUUGAAAUAUUACGAGAAUCCUUGGAUGUAGUCUUGAAAAACUUAUUGGAAGAGCCGGAAAAUUCUGAAAAUUCUGAAAAUUCCGAAAAUUCUGACGAUGCCGUCGUUAAAGCUAAAAAUCUUUUUCAAAGUUGCAUGAAUAACGAAAUUUUAGAGAAGAGACUGGAGAAACCAUUACUUGAAAUUUUAGACGAGUUGGGUGGUUGGCCAAUGUUGAGUCCCAAUUGGAAUGCCAAAGACUUUGACUGGCUCCUCUUAACAGCACAAUUACGCUUGUACAAUAACGAUAUUCUCAUUUCAUAUUGGGUGGGGCCUGACAUAAAAGAUAGCGAUCAAUACAUUAUACAAUUUGAUCAAACAUCUUUGGGUUUGCCGACAAGAGAUUACUUUUUGCAACCUUCAAAUGCAAUAUAUCUAAAUGCAUAUAAAACGUACAUGGUUAAAAUUGCCACUUUAUUAGGAUCAUUAAACGAUACACAAAAUCAAGUGGAAGAAUUGAUUGAGUUUGAAAGAAAACUUGCAAAAAUCACUACUUCACCAGAUGAAAGAAAGGACGUUUCUGAUCUCUACAAAAAAAUGAGUAUUGGCGAACUGAAAAUAAUUAUUCCACAGAUAGACUGGCAUAAAUAUUUAUCCAUUGUUUUAACUCGCCCGGCACGAAUGUCCGAACCAGUCGUUAUAUUUGCUCUACAAUAUAUGCAGAAUUUAAUUCACCUUCUCUCGAAGACUACAUCAAGGACAAUUUCGAAUUAUCUUCUGUGGCGGUUCGUCAGACACAGAGUCAAUAAUCUAGAUGAUCGUUUUCAAGAAGCUAAACAAAGAUUUUAUAAAAUUCUCUUUGGACGAGAACAAUCUCCGCCCAGAUGGAAGAAUUGUGUAGCUCAAGUAAAUUCAAAUAUGGGAAUGGUUGUGGGCUCAAUGUUUGUAAAAAAUUACUUUAACGAGAACAGUAAAAAUGAUACUCUUUCGAUGACACGAGAAAUUCAAAACUCCUUCAAUGAAUUAUUAAACAAAACUAUUUGGAUAGACAGUCGUACAAAGGAAAUUGCAAGUAAAAAAGUUGAAGCAAUGCUCUUACGAAUCGGAUAUCCUGAUUUUAUUUUAGAACCAGAAUUAUUAAACGAACGUUAUAAGAAUGUCACAAUUGAACCAGAAAAAUAUUUUGAAAACGUACUCAAUAUUUUACGACAUUUGACAAAAAUUGAACAGAAUCGGCUUGGAAGUCAUGUUAAUAAAACCAUUUGGACUACUGCUCCAGCCAUAGUAAAUGCAUAUUACAGCAGAAAUAAAAAUCAAAUAAUAUUUCCUGCAGGAAUUCUACAACCACCAUUUUAUCACGCAUAUUUUCCCAGAAGUCUAAAUUAUGGAGGAAUCGGAGUUGUCAUUGGUCACGAAAUAACACACGGCUUUGAUGACAAAGGUCGGUUAUUUAAUAAAGAUGGAAAUUUGCAAAGAUGGUGGAAAGACAAAGCAAUUAGAGAAUUUCAUCGGAGAGCGCAAUGUCUGAUUGAUCAGUACAGUAAAUAUAAAGUAACAGAAGUUAAUAUGGAAAUUGAUGGAAUUAACACUCAAGGAGAAAACAUUGCCGACAAUGGUGGAAUUAAGCAAGCUUUCAGGGCUUAUGAAAAGUGGUUAAAAAUAAAUGGAGAUGAGAAAGAAAAUCUUCCAGGUAUCAAUGCAACAGGGAAACAAUUAUUUUUCUUAAAUUUUGCUCAAAUGUGGUGCGGUUCAAUGAGACCAGAAGCAACAAAAAAUAAAUUGAAAACCGCUGUACAUUCACCGGGUAAAUUUCGAGUAAUAGGCACACUGUCCAACACCAAAGAUUUUGCACAUGUUUUUAAUUGCCCUCUUGGAUCGCCAAUGAAUCCAAGAAAAAAGUGUUCAGUGUGGUAAAUUGAGCAAAUCA